GCGGAGCGCCGUGGGCCGCGUCCUCCUGAGCUGUGGCGGUGGCGGUGGCGGUGGCGGCAGCGGUAGCCUCAGCUCCUGCUCCCCGUGCCGCCGGCCCCAGCGCUGUCUCCCGGGCCCCCCCGGGCCCCCGGGCCCUCGAGCCCGGUGCGCGCCCUCGCGUCCCGCCGGCCCCCUCCCCCGGCUGGGCCCGGGGGAGGGUGGCGCCGUGAGCGAGCGGGGACUGGGCUCUCCUGCCCCUUCCCUUGCCCCUGGGCCGCCAGGAUGGAGGCGGGGUCGGGGCCCCCGGGCGGUCCGGGAUCCGAGAGCCCCAACCGGGCGGUGGAGUACCUGCUGGAGCUGAACAACAUCAUUGAGAGCCAGCAGCAGCUGCUGGAGACCCAGCGGCGGCGCAUUGAAGAACUGGAGGGCCAGCUGGACCAGCUCACCCAGGAGAACCGCGAUCUGAGGGAGGAGAGCCAGCUGCACCGCGGGGAGCUGCACCGGGACCCCCACGGCGCGCGGGAUAGCCCCGGCCGCGAAAGCCAGUACCAGAACCUGCGCGAGACCCAGUUCCACCACCGCGAGCUGCGGGAGAGCCAGUUCCACCAGGCGGCCCGGGACGUGGGCUACCCGAACCGGGACGGCGCCUACCAGAACCGGGAGGCAGUGUAUCGGGACAAGGAGCGGGACGCCCCCUACCCGCUCCAGGACACUACCGGCUACCCAGCCCGCGAGCGCGACGUGGCCCAGUGCCACCUGCACCACGAGAACCCAGCCCUGGGUCGCGAGCGUGGCGGGCGGGAGACCGUGCCAGCGCACCCGGGCCGUGAGAAGGAAGCCGGCUAUUCAGCUGCGGUGGGCGUGGGGCCCCGGCCACCGCGGGAGCGGGGCCAGCUGAGCCGUGGCGCAUCCAGGAGCUCCAGCCCCGGGGCCGGUGGCGGCCACAGCACCAGUACCAGCACCAGCCCGGCCACAACCCUCCAGAGAAAAUCUGAUGGUGAGAAUUCCAGGACAGUCAGGUCCACAGCGUCUCAUACUCUACACCAGUAUUGCUGUCCUACUCAGGUCCUUGACUCCAUGAAGCUUACCCCCUCAGGCAGGCUGGCAGAGAGCAGUGUGGAGGGUGAUGCCCCAGGCAGUGACCUGAGCACAGCGGUUGAUAGUCCUGGGAGCCAACCCCCCUACCGGCUGAGCCAGAUGCCCCCCACCAGCAGCCACAUGGGGGGCCCCCCAACUGGGGUGGGCCUUCCCUGGGCUCAACGAGCUCGCCUCCAGCCAGCCAGUGUCGCCCUGAGGAAGCAGGAGGAGGAGGAGAUAAAGCGCUCCAAGGCCCUAUCGGACAGCUACGAACUCUCCACGGACCUGCAGGACAAGAAGGUGGAAAUGCUGGAGAGGAAGUAUGGGGGCUCCUUCCUGAGCCGCAGGGCCGCCAGGACCAUCCAGACAGCCUUUCGCCAGUACCGCAUGAACAAGAACUUUGAGCGGCUCCGCAGCUCGGCUUCAGAAAGCCGCAUGUCCCGCCGCAUCAUCCUUUCCAAUAUGCGGAUGCAGUUCUCCUUUGAGGAGUAUGAGAAGGCACAGAACCCCGCGUACUUCGAGGGCAAGCCUGCCUCGCUGGACGAGGGUGCCAUGGCUGGUGCCCGGAGCCACCGGCUUGACCGAGGGCUCCCAUAUGGGGGCUCCUGUGGAGGGGGCAUCGAUGGUGGGGGAAGCUCUGUCACCACAUCUGGAGAGUUUUCCAAUGACAUCACAGAGCUCGAGGACUCCUUCUCUAAACAGGUAAAGUCUCUGGCUGAGUCCAUUGAUGAGGCCCUGAACUGCCACCCAUCAGGGCCCAUGUCUGAGGAGCCAGGGUCAGCCCAACUGGAGAAGCGAGAGUCAAAGGAACAGCAAGAGGACAGCUCAGCCACGUCCUUCAGUGACCUUCCCCUCUACUUGGAUGACCCAGUUCCCCCACCAUCCCCUGAGCGACUGCCCAGCACAGAGCCCCCACCCCAGGGCCGGCCUGAGUUCUGGGCGCCAGCCCCUCUCCCACCAGUUCCUCCACCAGUGCCACCUGGGACCCGGGAAGACGGUGCCCGUGAGGAAGGCACUCGCAGGGGUCCUGGGUGCUUGGAGUGCCGGGAUUUCCGGCUGCGGGCCGCCCACCUUCCCCUGCUUACCAUUGAGCCUCCUAGUGACAGCUCCGUGGACCUGAGUGACCGCUCAGAUCGCGGGUCUGUCCACCGCCAGCUGGUGUAUGAGGCUGAUGGCUGCAGCCCCCAUGGGACCCUGAAGCACAAGGGGCCACCAGGCAGGGCCCCGAUCCCACACCGCCACUACCCAGCCCCAGAGGGCCCAGCCCCAGCCCCGCCAGGGCCCCUGCCACCAGCCCCCAACAGUGGCACUGGGCCCAGUGGUGUGGCUGGGGGUCGGAGGUUGGGGAAGUGUGAGGCAGCAGGCGAGAACUCUGAUGGUGGAGAUAAUGAGAGCCUGGAGAGCUCCAGCAAUUCCAAUGAGACCAUCAACUGCAGCUCUGGCUCCUCUUCGAGGGACAGCCUGAGAGAGCCUCCAGCCACAGGCCUGUGCAAGCAGACUUACCAGCGGGAGACGAGGCACAGCUGGGACUCACCAGCCUUUAACAAUGACGUGGUGCAGAGGCGGCACUACCGAAUCGGCCUCAACCUCUUCAACAAGAAGCCAGAGAAGGGUAUCCAGUAUCUGAUCGAGCGGGGCUUCCUGUCAGACACACCGGUGGGAGUGGCUCACUUUAUCCUGGAACGGAAAGGCCUGAGCCGGCAGAUGAUAGGGGAAUUCCUAGGGAACCGGCAGAAGCAGUUCAACAGAGAUGUGUUGGACUGUGUGGUGGAUGAGAUGGACUUCUCCUCCAUGGAUUUGGAUGAUGCACUCCGGAAGUUCCAAUCCCAUAUCCGGGUCCAAGGCGAGGCCCAGAAAGUGGAGCGACUUAUCGAAGCCUUCAGCCAGCGGUAUUGUGUCUGUAACCCAGCCCUUGUGCGCCAGUUCCGGAACCCAGACACCAUCUUCAUCCUUGCUUUUGCUAUCAUCCUCCUCAAUACCGACAUGUACAGUCCCAGCGUCAAGGCUGAACGCAAGAUGAAACUAGAUGACUUCAUCAAGAACCUGAGAGGGGUUGACAACGGUGAAGACAUCCCCCGAGACCUCUUGGUGGGCAUCUACCAGCGAAUCCAGGGGCGUGAACUGCGGACCAAUGAUGACCAUGUGUCCCAGGUGCAGGCUGUGGAGCGCAUGAUUGUUGGCAAGAAACCGGUCUUGUCUCUUCCUCACCGUCGACUGGUUUGCUGCUGUCAACUCUACGAGGUGCCAGAUCCAAACCGCCCCCAGAGGCUAGGGUUGCAUCAGCGGGAAGUCUUCCUCUUCAACGAUCUCCUCGUGGUCACCAAAAUUUUCCAGAAGAAGAAGAUCUUGGUGACGUACAGCUUCCGUCAGUCCUUUCCUCUGGUGGAAAUGCACAUGCAGCUCUUCCAGAAUUCAUACUACCAGUUUGGGAUCAAGUUGCUGUCUGCAGUACCUGGCGGGGAGCGCAAAGUCCUCAUCAUCUUCAAUGCCCCCAGCCUCCAGGACCGGCUGCGCUUCACAUCCGACUUGCGCGAGUCCAUUGCCGAGGUGCAGGAGAUGGAGAAAUACCGCGUGGAGUCGGAGCUAGAGAAGCAGAAAGGUAUGAUGCGGCCUAAUGCCUCACAGCCCGGAGGGGCCAAGGACUCAGUGAAUGGCACGCUGGCCCGCAGCAGCCUGGAGGACACGUAUGGGGCAGGCGAUGGGCUCAAACGGGGCGCACUCAGCAGUUCUCUGCGAGACCUCUCCGAUGCAGGGAAGCGGGGGCGGCGUAACAGCGUGGGAUCGCUGGACAGCACCAUCGAAGGGUCUGUUAUUAGCAGUCCACGCCCUCACCAGAGGAUGCCACCUCCGCCCCCACCCCCGCCGCCAGAGGAGUACAAGAGCCAGAGACCGGUCUCCAACUCCUCAUCUUUCCUGGGCUCCCUGUUUGGAAGCAAGCGGGGCAAGGGGCCCUUCCAGAUGCCACCACCGCCAACAGGCCAGGCUUCUGCCUCCUCUUCAUCUGCUUCUUCCACCCACCACCACCACCACCACCACCACCAUGGUCACAGCCACGGUGGCCUGGGGGUGCUGCCUGAUGGGCAGUCCAAGCUCCAGGCCCUGCAUGCCCAGUAUUGCCAAGGACCAGGCCCUGCCCCGCCACCCUACCUCCCACCCCAGCAACCCCCUCUCCCCCCACCUCCUCAGCAGCCCCCGCCCCUGCCCCAGCUGGGCUCCAUUCCACCACCUCCCGCCUCAGCCCCACCUGUGGGGCCACACCGCCACUUCCAUGCCCAUGGACCAGUCCCAGGCCCCCAGCACUAUACUUUGGGCCGGCCAGGCAGGGCUCCCAGACGGGGGGCUGGAGGACACCCUCAGUUUGCUCCACAUGGCCGCCACCCCCUGCACCAGCCCACAUCCCCAUUGCCCCUGUACAGUCCUGCCCCCCAGCACCCUCCAGCCCACAAACAGGGCCCCAAGCACUUCAUCUUCAGCCACCACCCACAGAUGAUGCCAGCAGCAGGGGCCACAGGGGGCCCUGGAUCCCGGCCACCAGGAGGCUCCUAUUCCCACCCUCACCACCCCCAGUCACCCUUGUCACCGCACUCACCCAUUCCACCCCACCCUUCUUACCCACCCCUGCCCCCCCCCUCACCCCAUACCCCACACUCACCCCUGCCACCCACUUCCCCCCAUGGCCCACUGCACGCCUCUGGGCCCCCUGGCACGGCCAACCCACCCAGUGCAAACCCCAAGGCCAAGCCAAGCCGGAUCAGCACCGUGGUCUGAUGAACAGAGGGAGUGAGCUGGGGCCCAGGGAGGUCUGGGGAAUCCACAAGAGGUUCCCAGUUUUUCCAAAAUAUAUAUACACAUAAAGAUGUCCUCCUCCCCACUUCUUCCCUGCCUCGGGACCCCUCCUCUAACCCUCAACAGUUGCCAUGGGGUUUCCUUCCAGAUUGAAGGAUCCUUGCCACCUGAAGCCUGGAUGCAGGGCUCUCAAGCUCUGGGGAGUGGUGAGGACCUUUUGGAGAUCCUCCUCCUCUUUUCCCUGUCUCCAUCCCACCCCCAUCCCCAAGGUGACCUCAGACUUCUGGGCCAGUGUGAGCGCCCAUCAGCUCUGGCUGGUAGAGAAGGGCAGGCAGGUGUCAGGAGCAGUAAAGGGUGGAGGCUUCCCCAGAGCACCUCUAGCCACAUGGGGCUAGGAGGGAGCUCUGUAGAGUUGUGGCCAAACCUCGGCUGACUCGGCCCUCUCUCAGACCUCAGGGCCUGACUAAACUCCAUCAUGUGUCUCUCAACCUGCCAGAGGAACAGGGCUGUCAGUGCACUCGGUGGGUCCCCACUAACGCUGGCCCCCAAAUGGGCAGUGCUUCCUCUCCAGAGCCAGCCUCUGUCCUCUCUCCAGUGGGCCCCCGCCCAGACCACUUCAGCUUCAGGACCUUGCCUCUCACAGCAAUGUUCUUACCCUGAUAAAAGUCCAGACAGGUUUGGGGGGGGGGUGCUCAGGUCUGGGAUGAGAAGGGCACUGCCCUCCCUCACCCAUAUUGCAUGCCCUCCCAUUCCCUUACACCGACCCCUCCUACAACUGAAGACAAUGCACUUUACAGAUCUUGCCCACAUACACCUCGCUGGAGCAGGGCACCCAGCAUCAGCCCUGGGGAGAGGCGCUCCCAGAGGGCCACCAUAAGCCCAAGAUGUCCUUCCUGAGGCAGAUUGAAGCCAUCAGAGCAGGGGCUGGGAGCCAGGAUGCCUGAGUCCUUCUGUCCGUCAAAAUCUCUGCUGCCUCUCCAGCCCCCUUUACAGCCCUGUUUAUUUAUUAUAAAUAUAUUUUUUACAAGCCCCAGCUCCUCUUCUUGCCCCGCACAUCCAGCUCCUUUCUCAGCUCCUGCCUCCCUCUCCCCCCUCUACCAUGGGCUGCAGUACAGACAGACAGACCCUGGCUGUAUAAAGGUCCAGGGACCCAGGGGCUUGGGGGUGGGGGAGGGCAGCAGUGGGAGGGGCUGUAUGGAGAGGAGCUGGGGUUCAGGCAUUGUCUUUUUUCCUCCUUGUAUAUAAGAAUGUAUAUUUGAUGCCUCAUAAAAGACCUUGUGCUCAC